UAUUUUCAACCAAUGGAGCAUGGUAUAAAAUAAUCCAUUUCAAUUGGAUUCAUGAGAAACUCUGUAACAAAUUGAAGUAAUUUACUUAACUGCUUGUAAGUUAUUGAAUUAACUGUUCAUAUAUAUCUUUCGGUCUGCGCAGGAUUUUCUAUAUAUAUACAGCAACUCUUAGUGAGAAGACAGUAGUGAUCGACUAUUUAUACUACAAUCUUCUAAUGUUUUAAGACAAUAACUCUAGGAAAUUUGUUGAAAGAGUGUUUUUGAUACUUCAAGUGUUCAAUAAAUAAUAAGUUUCAAAUUGACCAAAAAAUUGUAGUAAAAACUUUAUAACUUCAAUUAUUUGAAAUUGAUAAUAUUAAAUUUUACCAAAUAUGUCUUCAGAAAAUUUUGUAAAUUUAAACAACCUUGAUGAAAAUAUUCAGCAAUUAAUUCGUGAAUGUGUUGAAGCACGAAAAAUGUCAUAUUCACCUUACAGUAAGUUCAGUGUUGGAGCCGCAUUGAGGUGUAAUGAUGGAACAAUUUUUCGUGGAUGUAAUAUUGAAAAUUCAUCUUAUCCCGUUACACUUUGUGCUGAAAGAACAGCUGUUUCAAAGGCAAUUUCGGAAGGGAAAAAAAAUUUUCAAGCAAUUGCGGUAUCAGCUGAUUUAGUGCAUGAUACUGUUAGUAGUCCAUGUGGAAUGUGUCGUCAAUUUUUGUCAGAAUUCGGUAACAUGGAUGUGUAUUUAACGAAUCCAACAAUGGAUAGAAUUUUACAUACUUCUGUCAUGGAAUUACUACCGUUGGCAUUUAAAUUUUGACUUAAUUAUAGCAUAUUGAAACAUUUUUAUAACGCAAAAAUGGAUGCAGAAUUUUUCCUGCAUCAGGAAGAAGACUUUUCACUCUAUGUUAAAUAAUGAAGAUGAAAGUUGCAUUUUAAAUGUAAUUUUUUCAAGUAAAAUUAUAAAGACGAAUUAAAUUUUUAAUGCAAUUUUUUUAAUUAUUGUGUGAAUAUUUAAUAGAAACAAAAAAUAUUACAUAUUGAAAUUGAGAAUUUAUACUUAAUAUGGUUUCAUUAUAAAGCCGACUCUAUCAUAUUUUGGAAACUUUAUACUUAGAUAAUACUUUUUAAAUAUAUUUGACUUAUGUAA